AUGCUUUCUUGGAAGGCUCGUUGCAUCUCUGCAGUUCUUUUUCUGAGCGGCUUGGGAGUUCUGCUUCUUCUGGAUCGCCAGCUUCCCCUUCUCUCUAAACGACGGCGGCAGUCGGAGAAGUCUCGGGAAGGCGAUUUCCUCCGGGAUCAUUGCCGGUCUUUGGCAGAGCAGGACAGAGCGUUUAUCUGGGGGAAACAUUUCAACACCUCUUUCGGGAAGUCGUCUUCCUGCAAAGAUUACAUCGCCAGCAGUCACUACCUCACGAAAACCCUGUCUGCGGAGGAAGCCGGCUUCCCCUUAGCGUACACCAUCACCAUCCACAAAGAAUUUGGUACCUUUGAACGAGUCUUCCGAGCCAUUUACGUGCCCCACAACGUUUACUGCAUCCACGUGGAUAAGAAGGCACCUGACAGGUACCAGCAAGAUGUGAAGAAGCUGGUCGAUUGCUUUCCCAACGCCUUCCUCGUGUCCAAAGCGGAGGUGGUCAUUUACACGGGGAUAAGCAGGCUCCAGGCUGACCUGAACUGCAUGAAGGACCUCCUGAGGUCGACGGUUCGGUGGAAGUAUCUCCUCAACCUCUGCGGCCAAGACUUCCCCUUGAAAACCAACAAGGAAAUUGUCCAGCGGCUGAAAAGGUUCAACGGGAAAAACAUCACACCUGGCAUUCCCCUUGCAGAUCCUCAUACUGCGAGGACCAAAUAUUCUUUCCAAGUAUGUCUUGGAAGUCAAGACACAGAAUAUCCGAUUCGAAUGCUGAGCAACAUGGAUUUGAAAUCAGAAGUGCCCCACAAUCUGACUCUUUACCGUGGCUCUUCGUACGUGGCCCUAACAAGGCCCUUUGUGGAGUUUAUUUUCUCCGAUGAGCGGGCCCUCGAUUUGCUAGAAUGGUCCUGGGACACCUUUAGUCCAGACGAACAAUACUGGGCGACACUCAGUAGAAUACCAGAUGUCCCUGGCUCCACGCCAAAUGCUAGACGAGAGGGCAACCUGAGAGCUGUCAAAUGGAUCAACGGAACUGUUGGGAGAUGUUACGGUCACUAUGUUAGAGAGAUUUGUGUCUAUGCAACUGGAGACCUCAAGUGGCUGCUGGCUGGUGCCCAGCUGUUUGCUAACAAAGUUGAACUUGAAACAUAUCCGCCUACUGUGGAAUGCCUGGAACUGGCCGUUCGGGACAGGGCACUGAAUGAGAGUGAAAUACCUGUGGAACCAAGUUGGUACCUUUAGGGGAACGGAUAUGGUUU